UCGUCUGACGUUCCCUCAUUGUGUCACUUCACUUUGCACAGACAACUAUUAAAGUAAUGAGGAAAACCUUGGUAAAUUUUACUCUCAUAACUUAGUUAUGGGAAGAUGUAAGGUGAGCUUAUUUGCAUAAGUAACUCAUUCCUACAACAUGGUAUUCCCUCUGUCUCUGACCAUGGUCCCCAAUUAAUUUCUCAUGUCUGGAAAGCUUUUUGUACAGCCCUAGCAGCCACCUGCAGCCUCUCUUCUGGAUAUCAUCCCCAGUCUAAUGGACAAUCUGAGAGAACCAACCAGAAACUGGAAGCAGCACUCAGCCACAGGCCUCAGCCCUUUUGAAGCCCCCAUAGGAUACACUCCACCUCUGUUCCCCUGUUUUGAGUCAGAAAUUGCUGUUCCCUCCAUACAACAACAUCUUCGCAGGUGUCGGAGAUUCUGGCGUCAGACCAAGGCAGCACUUCAAAGAACAGCAGAACAAAAUAAGAGAUACGCAGAUCGUCAUYGCUUACCUGCACCAAAAUAUCAGGUGGGUCAAAAAGUGUGUCUUUCUACUAAAGACAUUAACCUGAAAAAGACUCCUAGGAAACUGGCUCCCCGCUUCAUUGGACCCUACCCUAUGGAGAAAAUCAUCAAUCCCUCUGCGAUCAGACUCCACCUGCCUGGUUCCCUCAAGAUCCAUCCUAUAUUCCAUGUGUCACAAAUCAAACCUGUCAUCAAGAGUCCCCUCUGCCCCCCUGCGAGCCGCCAUCCUCCCGCCCGGAUGAUUGACGACCACACUGCCUACACUGUUCGCCGCAUUCUGGAUGUGCGACGCCGAGGAAGAGGUUUCCAGUUCCUUGUGGAUUGGGAGGGUUAUGGCCCUGAGGAGAGGACAUGGAUCCCGAGGUCAUUCAUUCUUGACCCUGCACUCAUCACUGCUUUCUACGCAGACCAUCCUGAGAAGUGUCCUCGAUYGCCUGGAGGUGAUGAUUGAGAGGAGGGUACUGUGGCAAUUGGUGCUUGUCACUUGCACCUUCCUAAUUGGCCACCAGCUGAUGGAGAUCACCUGCAGCAGGUUUCCUUGAUGAGCUCCUAGGCUUUAUCAGACGGCACUGAAGAUCUGGUCCUCGCCGGAGCAACACAUGCCUAUGUGAUCACCUGUGGACCACAAGCCAUCUGAGAAGAACCUGCCUCUUGCUCACCUGCCUGUUUGCCUCCAACCUGUGUUGAAACAAAUCUGUCUCAGUCCUCCUGUCUGCUUCUCCACCUGGAAAUCCUUCACCUCACCUCCUUGGAUUACAACCUCCUCCUCUGAGUCGCUGUCACCUCCC